UCGUGGCCGAGAAUCGAAUCCUGGAGUGAUGGAAGUGCGCCAUAACCUUGUAAUACAAAAGAGGAUUGUUAAAAAGCGAUUAGUCAAAUAUUGUAAAUAGCAUAAUUGUAGCCAAGUCAGGACCACGCGAUCUCUCGAACGAUGAUCAAUGUUAAAACUAUCGGAAGGAAAGGCAGGAAAGUUCGAUAUGGAAGCGAGACGUCGCUGCGUCGCUGUCUGAAGAGAUACACGUCACAACACGUUUACGAUCGAAUAAGAUCGAUUUGUCAAUAAUGUCAAUUAAAAAUUUCAUCUUGAAUAAUGAAAAUGAAAGAGAAUAUAUUUGCGACGGUUUCCUUAUUCUAUUUUAUUCUUAGUUACUGCGUGCACGCGUUUCUUUACAAAGAUACGUAAGCUUUGCGCUACGUAUACAAAUUGCGUCAUGCAGUUUGAAAGAAAAUUUUCUUGAAAUGCUUGUAUAAAAUAUCACGUAAAUAUUACCUUACCGUUUACAUCGAUGACAGCAGAAGUACAAAGCAUCGAGGUUGGUGCAUCACGGAAGAUGGCAACUAUAUGGCAUCAACAAGUAUUCGCACUCGACGCAAAGUAUAACACACUGCGAGCUAAUAAGCAUCCUAGUUUAGGUAUGUUGUAUAUUCGCCGGAGAAAUCAACUGCUCCGGGAGAAAUUUUCUACAGAUCCAGAAAUUGGCGCACAGUACCUGAAACUACGAUCGGAAUUAUUGCGGCGGCGUUACGGAGAAAAACUGGAGCAAAACAGCGUGGGAAGUCACACGAUAAGCGAGGAAUCAUCGGAGAACAGAACGAGACAUCAACGAGGUGUACAACGAAGAUCGACGGCAGAGAACUUUGCAUUUGCUGGAGUUCAUCAUGUUUUCGAUCAGCACAAGGCAGCUGUGACGAUGCUCAAGUUUGCCAACAAUGAUAGGUCCAAACUAUGUUGCGCGUCGCUGGAUGGUACUCUGUCCAUAUGCGAAGUUGUCAGCACACCUCCUAAGGUGAUCGCUCUCCUGGAGGGUCAUCGUAAUGGUGUGACUGCUCUUGAUUGGAGCAUCAGCAAUGAUCUGAUUGUUUCUUCCUCCCUGGACGCGACGAUAAGGCUGUGGAGAGUAUGCGCGGACGUAGAGCCAAUUUGUUUGCGAGUAGUGGAUGAUCAGCAGCGAGCGGAAAUCCUGUGCUGCAAUUUCAUACCCGCUAAUAAUAAUUUAAUAAUAGCUGGUAAUUCUCAAGGACUAAUUCAGAUUCUAAACGUAUCUACUGGCAUAUACACGCGCGGCGGAUUCUGUAAAAUUGGUGGAAAGAUUCUUUCCCUGGCGUGUGAAGGCAGUGGUGGUUCAGUGAUUUGGGCAGGCAAUGACAGAGGCGUUAUUGUGGCAUUUCGGUUGGAACCCGGCAUAGGGCGGCUGACCAAAUUGCAGAGAGUACAGGAGACUGGUGGAAUGAUAACUAGUCUCUCCUGGCGUUCCUGGUUAUCGAAAGAUGCUCCUUGGGCUGCGCUGUUAGUAAGCAGCGCGUGCAACGCUGUGCUAUUAUAUCGUGUCGCAGAUUGCCACGGUUCUUUAUAUUUCUGGAGGAAAUAUCCUGUUAAGCAUAGGAUUUAUCCUUUGAGAUCCACUUUCUGUCCCCAAAUGGGCGCGUGUUUAAUAGCCACAGGAUCGGAAGAUGGUGCUGUUCAUUUGUUGGAUUCAGCGAGAGAGGGAAAGGCCGCUCGGAUCAAUCGACUGCAUGGUCACGCAACACCUACGCUAGCUUUGUCCUUUAAUUAUGACGAAUCUUUACUCGCAUCUGCGGACCAUGACGGAUUGAUUAUACUAUGGCGUAAUCAUCAACGUAAUUUGUAAGAUAUUCUGUGAAAUUUUCAUCAAACUAAAAGAAUGAUUCAUGUUCAGAUUUUUCGGGUUAUAAACCAAAAUAAUAUAAAAAUAUUGCAAUAUAAAUAUACCUGUGUAAAACAAUGUAUAAAUGCAUAUAUGUACAGAUUUUAUAAAGAUCUAGAGAGAUCAAAAUUUUAAUAUUAUUACAUAUAUAUUUUAUAUAUACAUUUGUGUAAUAACAAAUUCACAUUUAAAGAAAAAUAUAAAAAAUAUUGUAUACAAAAAAAUGAGGAUAUUAAAAAAUGGACUAAACUGUAGAGGUCUGAUUGAAUAAACUGUAUAUCUUCUGUAUAA